UUAAGUAUACUAUUCACAUCUCAUACUUUGUCUUAAAUUUGCUUAGUGAGUUGUUUAUCCUUGGGGAUAUAAUCCGCAGUUCAUCAGAAGGUUAGGUCAAGUUACGGAACAUGACAUGAAAUGCUGUAUUUAUAUCCUUCGGGAUAUAAUCCGCAGGGAUGCGUACAUAUAACCGUGUUCGUAUCUCAUCUUGUAGUAGCUACAAUGUGAUGAGUUAUGCAUGCUUGUCAAUUUUAUUGCUUUGAUGUUUGUAACCUACUACUACAGGUGACAAAAAUUCCUAAGACAUUUUCGACCUUGACAAGUUACAUGAAAACUUUCAUUCCUUCGCUUGUGAAUGAAAAGCUUAAUUCAAUUGGUGAACAUGUGGAGUUUUGCAUGGUAAAUUUGUACACUCACUUACCAACUUCUUGCAUUUCACUAAAGGUUGUGACGGACAUGAUUGGAGCUUUGGAUUUGCUCAAUUCUCUUAAAUCUUUACUGCGUGAGGUUGGUUUUGCUAAUGAAAGGUCACAAUUAGUUCUAAAAGAUUGUCUUUGUAAACUGAGGUCACUUCAUAAAUUUUGUGUUCCUAAUUUGAAAAUUUUGGAGAAAAUAAGGAAAUUCUGCUUGGCAAAUGCUUCCUUAAUAUUUUGCACCGUGUCAAGCUCUGCUAAAUUGCAGACGGAGAAAAAGGCACCCCUGGAUUUGUUAGUGAUUGAUGAAGCUGCUCAGCUUAAAGAAUGUGAAUCAGCAAUUCCUUUUCAACUACCUGGUCUUCGCCAUGCUGUUCUCAUAGGAGAUGAGAGGCAACUCCCUGCUAUGGUUAAAAGCAAGAUCACCGAGAAGGCUGGUUUUGGAAGAAGUUUGUUCGAAAGACUUCUACUGUUGGGACAUGAAAGGCACCUUCUCAAUGUCCAGUAUAGAAUGCAUCCAUCAAUCAGCUUAUUCCCAAAAAGGGAGUUUUACAACAACCGGAUAUUAGACAGUCCAAAUGUCAAGCAAGGAAGCUAUGAGAAGUGCUUUCUUUCAGGAAAAAUGUACGGAUGCUACUCCUUUAUAGAUGUAGCCAAUGGACAAGAAGAAUUUGAUUGCGGGCAUAGUCAGAAAAAUAUGGUUGAGGUUGCUGUGGUCUGUGAGAUUGUUGCAAGCCUUUACAGAGAAUUUAUUCGAACAAAAAAGAAGGUUAGUGUUGGGGUAAUAUCACCUUACUUAGCUCAAGUUAAUGCAAUUCAAGAGAGAGUCAGGGAAUACAGUGAAGUUUCUGACACUGAUGGAUUCUCUGUAAGUGUGCAAUCUGUUGAUGGAUUCCAAGGUGGUGAAGAUGAUGUGAUAAUUAUCUCCACAGUCAGAUGUAACGAGAAAGGAUAUGUCGGAUUCAUUUCCAAUCUUCAAAGAGCAAACGUGAUGCUAACACGUGCAAGGCACUGUCUUUGGAUUUUGGGGAAUGAAGCAACUUUGAUUAGAAGUAACUCUAUUUGGAAGAAGCUAAUUCUUGACGCAAAGAAACGCAAAUGCUUUUAUAAUGCUGCUGAGGAAAAGAACUUGGCUCAGGCCAUUGCAGUUGCCCUCAUGGAGCUUGGCCAACUUCAUAUUCCACUUAAUUCUGAUUCUUUGCUGUUCAAAAAUGCCAAAUGGAAGGUUUGCUUCACCAAUGAAUUUCAGAAUUCCAUACAAAAGAUUAAAGACACUGAGAUCCGUCGGGAAGUGGUUUCCUUAUUAACAAAGCUCUCCAAUGGUUGGCGCCAAUCUCGCAAGAAUAAAAGAACUACAGCCCAUGGGACUUGUGCUCAAGUUUUAGAGAAGUACAAAGUUAAAGGGCUGCUGAAUCUCAUUUGGUCUGUAGAUGUUCUCCAGGAGAAUUCAGAUUAUGUCCAGGUUUUGAAGAUUUGGGAUGUUCUUCCGGUUUCUGAUACUCCCGAACUUGAUAAGCGGCUUGAGAUCAUGUUUCAUAGCUAUACAACCGCUGAGAUGAACCUUUGCCUGCUCAGAUGUGUUGAUGGAGACGCAGUUGUCCCGGUUAGAAUGCCGGUGGAUUCGAGCAGCUCCCAUGAGGCUGAGGCUGAUCCUGUGGAGGUUCUUUCAAAACCAUUAUCUUCACUCAGUCUAAAAGAUGAGCCCCAAACAUCAAGCAGUGAGCCACAAAGUCAUAGAAAGACUAAAAAUAAUAUGCCCAGAAGGCAGAGAAAGAAGGCCACCAAGUUCUAGAGGAGAGCACCAUCAAUAAUAUACGUCGA